AGUCGGCCAGGAUUGUCUCUAAAAAAAAUGGGUCUUGGGGCUCACGUAUCCUCAGCUCACCAGGAAAAGGUGGAAGGAAGCAUAUAGCCUGUUACCUCUAAGCUCAUAAACCCUGAGCUACUUACCAGUCUCUUUCACCUCUUCCUCACCCUCCCUGACUUGCUCCACCAUCCCUUUGCUCCAGCCUGCUCCUUUAUUCCUCCUGCGGCUCACGCCUUCCCGUCCCACCUUUUCCUCCCUUCCCGGCAAGUGCUCCCUGGUCUGCUCGGUGCUUCAGGCCUGCUGGCGGCCUCAGCCACGCCGCGGUCCUCCUUCAUCUGCAAUCUUCAUCCUCCUCCCAACCCGGGCACCCUCCCAAACAGCUCCUUUAACCCAUGCUUCUCUAACCCACUCACCCCUGUAUCUUCUCUGAUUUUACAGGACCCAGCUUCUGACUUUACAAGCCUUUACAAGACCCUGGCUGCUGCCUCCCUUUUACUUUCUCAUUUAUUUCCUACUCGCCAGAAGAACAGGUCCUCAGCCCCCUCUUGAUCCUCCCUGUCCUGCUUUUGAGCCUCUUAGGAGCUUUUGGAAACGUAAAGCUCAGGACAAGGGGCUGUGUAAGGGCAGCAGCUACACCAGGACUUUGCUUUCCUCAUAGGCAUGUGCGCAUAUUUUGCACGAGCUUAUACAUUUUAAGGCAAGAAGUUUUUUCCUGUGACCCAGGGGCUCCGCACCAGGCACCACACGGCAACAGCAUCACCAAUGAAACUGCUUCCACUCCUAGUUCUUAUGUCCAGUCUGCUGGACUGUGGCUACACUUCUGCAAGCUGCAACAUGACAUGCCAUAAAGACGCCCGGUGUGAAGUCCAGGGUGGAACCCAAGGCUGCUAUUGCACCCAAGGAUAUACAGGAAAUGGCAUAUCAUUCUGUUACGAUGAUAAUGAAUGUGAAAAUGCUACUCAGCCUUGUGGAGAGAAUGCCAACUGCACAAACACUGUGGGAAGUUAUUUCUGCAUGUGUGCCCCUGGUUUCAAAUCCAGCAACGGUCAACAAAGUUUUGUGCCUAAUGAUGGAACCUCGUGUGUGGAUGUAGAUGAGUGCAGCAAAGAAGGAACUGUUGCCUGUGGAGAUCAUGCAAAAUGUGAAAACGUGGAUGGAGGGUAUAACUGCGCCUGUAAGGAAGGUUAUCAACCAUCCACAGGAAAAUUGCAGUUUAAGCCAAAUGAUGGCACUUCCUGCCAAGAAAAUCCGAAGGCCAAGUGUGAGUUAUACAAAGACUGUAUAACUGAACAUAUUAAUAGAACUUUAGCUGGAAUUAGUCAUUUAAAAACACCCCUGGAGAUGUUGCAAGAAAUUAAUAAGAAUACUUUAGGACCACUUUUACCUGUAGAUGUGAUUUCAUAUGUAGAAGCAUUAUCUUAUUCUUCACUGAAUACCAUGCAUUACUCAGUUCCUGACAAUGAAGCACUUCGUAAUACAACUAUUAACGUUUUGGUUAACACCGUGAACAAUUUUUUACAAAAAGACAAAAUUACAGUCUGGGAAGCUCUUCCUGUAGAUUACCAAAGAAUGAGUCUGACUAAACUGAUGCAUACUGCAGAACAAGCAACGCUUCUCAUGUCACAGAACAUCAAAAAGACAACACAGCUAGAUGCUAAUGCAAGUGAUAUAGCACUCAAGGUUUUUGCUUUUGAUUCACACCACAUGAAACACAUUCACCCUCAUGUAUACACAGGAGGAGAUUAUAUAAAGAUCUCUCCAAAGAAGAAAGAGGAAUCUCAUCCUAAUGGCACUGUUGCAGUUGUCUUUCUGCGGUAUAGCAACAUCGGUUCUCUGCUUUCAUCACCAAAAAACGGCUCCUCGAAAGAUAGUUCGGAACAGAGACAGACAGUGAGCUCAUCAGUUAUAGCUGUUGCAAUUAGCUCAAAUCCACCUACGCUCUAUGAGCUUGAGAAAAUAACAUUUACCUUAAAGUAUGCCAAGACUGCAGAUAAAGAUAUUAAAUGUGCGUUUUGGAACUACUCAGCAGACACAAUGAAUGGCAACUGGGCUACAGAAGGCUGUGAGCUGACACAUUCCAACGCCACUCACACCUCAUGCAAAUGCAAUCAUCUGACUCAUUUUGCUGUUUUGAUGUCCUCAGGUGGCUCUGUUGGUGUUACAAAUUACAACAUUCUUACAAGAAUCACUCAGCUAGGAAUAAUUAUUUCGUUGAUUUGCCUCUCCAUGUGCAUUUUCACAUUCUGGUUCUUCAGUGAAAUUCAAAGCACUAGAACGACAAUUCACAAAAACCUCUGCUGCAGCCUUUUCCUGGCAGAAUUUAUUUUUCUGGUUGGAAUUAAUAUGAACAAUAAUAAGCUCUUCUGUUCAAUCACUGCUGGGUUACUCCAUUAUUUCCUUCUAGCUGCUUUUGCAUGGAUGUGCAUUGAAGGCAUUCACCUCUACCUGAUAGUUGUGGGAGUCAUCUACAACAAGGGAUUCUUACACAAGAACUUCUAUGUCUUUGGCUACGUCAGUCCAGCUGUGGUAGUUGGAAUCUCUGCCGCACUAGGAUACAAGUAUUACGGCACUACAGAAGUAUGUUGGCUCAGCACAAAGAAUAACUUUAUAUGGAGUUUUAUAGGACCAGCAUGUCUAAUAAUUCUUGUUAAUUUGCUGGCUUUUGGAGUGAUUAUUUAUAAAGUAUUUCGACACACUGCAAUGUUAAAGCCAGAAGUUAGUUGUUAUGAAAAUAUAAGGUCCUGUGCCCGAGGUGCUCUUGCUCUCCUGUUCCUUCUUGGGGCUACCUGGAUCUUUGGGGUCCUCCACGUCGUCCAGGGAUCAGUGGUUACUGCAUAUCUUUUUACAAUCUUCAAUGCGUUUCAAGGGAUGUUCAUCUUCAUAUUUCUUUGUGUGUUGUCUAGAAAGAUUCAGGAAGAGUAUUAUAGGUUGUUCAAAAAUGUUCCUUGCUGUUUUGGCUGCUUACGAUAAAUGGAAAUAAAACCUGUACGAGCAUCUCAGUGGAAGAAGGGAGCAACCUACAUGAUGUUGUUACGGUUAUUAUAGAAAAAUAUGGCAUUGUGAAAGUAUGAAAUGACCCAGUGAGCAGAUAUAUCUUUUAACUGAAUAACGGUCUGGUUUUAUAUAUACAUGUGCAUUCAUGCAGAGCAUUUAUAUUAUGCUGUAUACAAACAGUAUACAAAACAAACUAGAUUAUUGGAAAACAAAUACUAAUGCAGACAAGAGACAGGAGCAAAUUUCUAAAAUAGUACAAGAAUUUUCAUUACUUAGGUUUUGUUUCUAGUAUUAAAAAUAUCUGCAGUCCUUGAAAGAGAGAUAUGAGAAUCCAACUGGCACAGCAGAUUUUAGGAAUUGCUUUGUUAGUGGGAACAUGUCCAUGGUCUUUUUGCAGUAAUGAGCUUACAUUAAGUUGUAUAUGGUCAUCUACAGGGAAUGGGUUCCAUUAAAGAGUCAAUAGAUAAAGAUCUGCUUCAGCCCAGAGUUUUGAAAACAUUUCUUUUUAAUUUAAAGUAGAUUUAAAAAGGAAUUUGUUUAAUAUUAUUCUCUUAUCACUUUGAAAUAUAUAUUUGUAUAUUAAUCAAUUCUUUAUUUUUAUAACUUUUAAAGAACUGUUUAGAUCUAAAGAACUGAUAUCAGGUCUGAUACAAGAAUGGUGUGACAGCCAUUUUGUAAGUGAAAGAUUAUUUUGUGAAUACUUUGAAAAAGAUCUGGUUCUUGUUUUAUUUAAUUGCCAGAUUGAGAUCUGCUAAAUUGGCACGAUGAUUUUGGAGGCUCUGGAAGGAGAUGCUUUCACAGGUUUGUCACUUGAUAGAGACAUUUAGAAUCUAGACCUUUUUUCAAUCAGAUUAAAGCAUAGCUGAAGGAAUCACUUAUGUAGAAUACUAGUGUAAAUUCAAGGUCAUGUGCCUCCAUUCCAUGUAAAAUUGCAAUUACAGCAGUUUUCUCUGUUCACAGCAUCUUUGAAUCAAGCAGUUGUCUUCCUGCCAGGUUCCUGAUUUUGAAACACUUAUCCUGUGUUUAACCUUGGGAGCAUAUGUAGAUCUACUGAAAUCAAAGGGACUACUAGUGCUGCAAGUUUUGCAGGAUCAGGGAAUAAACAUGUUGUAUCAGCAGUUCCAACUUUGCCAUCUUAUUCACUUUAAAAGUAUGCUAUAAUUUCAUCCUUUUAGCACCUACCUUAUGUGAAGUGCUGAGCAAUCCACAGUCCACGUUGCCUUCUCAGGAAGUGUCUAGGAUCUCAGAUGAAGCCCACUAUUUUUACCAGUGAGACACUGUAAAUAUGUAGUUGUUAAUAAAUUCCACUGUUGUUUUGCCUGCUGAAAUAAAGCACUCUGAAUUUUAUUUAUAUUAAAGGAAACCCUUCUUUUAGUAAUGGUCAAAUUUAUUUUGAUUUUAUCUUUUUUCCAUAUACACAAGGCUUUCAUAGUAUGCAGUGCAGUGACGUGCUUCAUUAAGUAUAUUCCGUGUAUCUGUCAAAUUUUGGAAACCACAAAUGGGUAUCUUUUUCUUUUUUCUGAAAGAAAUCAUUGCUGUGGUCCUCUGAAUGUAAAAUAUGUGAAUAAACUGAAAUGCUUAGCUUUCACAUUUCAA